AGUCGCACCACUUCUCUAACCCGCCAACACCAGUUCUUCGCAAGGUACAACAGUCAAGAUGGGUGCACUCAAGUACGUCGAAGAACUUCACAAGAAGAAGCAAUCCGAUGUCCUUCGAUUCCUUCUCCGAGUCCGCUGCUGGGAGCUCCGACAAUUGAAUGUCAUCCACCGCGCAUCUCGACCUUCCCGACCAGACAAGGCCCGUCGUUUGGGUUACAAGGCCAAGCAGGGCUACGUGAUCUACCGUGUCCGUGUCCGACGUGGAGGUCGCAAGCGACCUGUGCCAAAGGGUGCUACUUAUGGCAAACCCACCAACCAGGGUGUGAACCAACUCAAGUACCAGCGAUCCCUCAAGUCCACCGCUGAAGAGCGUGUCGGUCGUCGUUGCGCCAACCUUCGGGUCCUCAACUCCUACUGGAUCAACCAGGACUCGACCUACAAGUACUACGAAGUCAUCCUUGUUGACCCUCAACACAAGGCUAUCCGCAGAGAUGCCCGCAUCAACUGGAUCGUCAACCCAGUUCACAAGCACCGCGAAUCUCGCGGCCUUACCGCAACUGGCAAGAAGUCCCGUGGCUUGGGCAAGGGUCAUGGAUUCACCAAGACCACCGCUGGAAGAAGAAAGACAUGGAAGAGACACAACACCUUGUCGCUCUGGAGAUAUCGAUAGAUAUCACACCGCUGACGCAUUGGCUUGGGUGUCAAUGGGCGGUUAUGAUAUGCAGGAAGCAUGGGAAUCAUCGGCAAGAAUCACGAAGGCGCUUGUGGCCAUGGCCGGAACGAUAUCGAGCGUAUGCAACUGGGAUUUGUGCCAGUGGAGAAGAACUCUAUUCCACUUCGCAAUUCCCGCGACACCUCUAAUGAUCCAAUGAUACCAAAAAUUGAAUGUUGGCGGUCACUUUGCAUGGAAGCAAAAGCAGUUCAGGCCAUUCUUUCCGGCUCCUUAUUCUCUUUGUUUCGAGUUCCCUCCCGCUGUUUUGCCUGGGCUAAUCUUGCCGGAUAUCGAGCCUGCUCAUAUGGCGGUCUCCGCAUUUGGUGGGUUCUGAAAGUCGCUGCGAUGACAGCGAGGCAGGUAUUUUCGAGGUCACACGGCGUACAAUUUUCUCCUGUCCCAGAUGGUCAUCUUCUUUUGCUUCUGUAUUUUCUAGGUGCCUGCUAACGCCUGCACA